AUGAAAAUCAAGUCUUUGACGAGGCCGCCGCCGCCUCCGGGCGACGGUGCGAUGCGGCAACCACGAAAUCUCGAUCCCUCUCACCAUCCUUUCGAACGUGCCAGAGAAUACACAAGAGCGCUCAACGCAGUGAAGAUGGAACGCAUGUUCGCGGCGCCAUUUGUCGGCCAACUAGGUGAGGGUCACGUCGACGGGGUGUACUCCAUGGCGAAAGACCCUGGUUCACUGGAGAGAUUUGCCAGUGGUAGUGGUGAUGGUGUUGUAAAAGUCUGGGAUUUGACCUCUCGUGAGGAAAUAUGGAGCGCCAGAGCACAUGAAAAUGUUGUCAGAGGCAUGUGUUGGACUCCCGACAGAAAGGUGCUGUCUUGUGCCACCGACAAGACCGUAAAGGUAUGGGAUCCAUACAACGGAGAGAAAAAGGGCUUUCCUCUAGCCACCUAUCUUGGGCAAGGCGCGUUUACAGACAUCUCACAUCAUCGAAAUCUCCCCUCCUUCGCUGCCUCAUCAAGCUCGAUUUCCAUCUACGAUCUCUCGAGGCCUUCAUCAGGACCCAGUCAGGUACUGAGAUGGCCAACCUCAACCGACACCGUGACAGCCGUCUCUUUUAACCAAACCGAAACGUCGGUCCUGGCUUCUGCCGCCCUCGACAGGUCAAUCGUACUGUAUGACCUCCGGACCUCCGAACCUCUCUCAAAAGUGACGAUGAGAUUGGCAUCGAACGCCAUCUCAUGGAAUCCGAUGGAGGCUUUUAACUUUGCUGCGGCAAAUGAAGAUCACAACAUCUAUAUAUUCGAUAUGCGCAAAUUGGAUAGGGCUCUCAAUGUCCUGAAGGACCACGUUGCCGCAGUCAUGGAUGUGGAGUUCAGCCCGACAGGCGAAGAAUUGGUCAGCGCAUCGUAUGACCGCACAAUCCGGCUGUGGAAUAGGGAUCGGGGACAUUCCAGGGAUGUCUACCACACAAAGAGAAUGCAGAGGGUGUUCUCAGCACGGUUCACUGCCGAUAACAAUUACGUUCUAUCCGGAUCAGACGAUGGCAAUGUCAGAGUAUGGCGAACGAAUGCUUCCAGCCGAAGUGGCGUCAAGUCGGCAAGACAGAGGCAAAAACUGGAGUAUGACGAGGCUUUGAUCAAGCGGUACGCUCACAUGCCGGAAAUUCGACGUAUCAAGCGUCACCGACAUAUUCCUAAGACUGUCAAGAAGGCGGGCGAGAUCAAGGGUGAAGAAUUGAAAUCAAUCAAGAGGAAAGAGGAGAAUGUGCGGAAGCAUAGCAAGAAAGGUAGUAUGCCUCGCCAGAGCGAGCGAGAAAAGAUGGUGUUGGCUACCGAGAAGUGA